GCAAUGGUAUCUUUAGGGCUGCAGAUUCUGGGCGUGGGGCUAGCGGUGCUUGGAUGGAUUGGAAACAUACUAAUCUGUAUGCUGCCCCUGUGGAAGGUGUCUGCUUUCAUCGGGAACAACAUCGUGGUUGCUCAGACCAUCUGGGAAGGACUGUGGAUGACAUGCGUGGUGCAGAGCACCGGCCAGAUGCAGUGCAAGGUCUACGACUCCCUGCUGGCCUUGCCUGCGGACCUCCAGGCGGCUCGGGCUAUGGUGGUCAUCGCCAUCCUGUUCUCGCUGUUCGGCCUGCUGCUCUCUGUGGUCGGGGGUAAAUGCACCACCUGCAUUGGGGACAAAGUAACGAAAGCCAGAGUGGCCAUCUCCGCCGGUGUUUUCUUCAUCCUGAGUGGGGCUCUGUGUCUGGUGACUGUGUCUCUGCCUGCCAAUACUAUCAUAAAGGACUUCUACAACCCCCUGGUUCCUGACGCCCAGAGGAGGGAGCUGGGUGCAUGUUUGUACAUGGGCUGGGGAGCAUCGGGACUCUUGCUGAUCGGUGGCGCUCUUCUCUGCUGUCAGUGCCCAUCAGGAGGAGACCGCUAUAAUGGAGCAAAGUACUCUGCACCUAAAUCCACAACGCCCGGGAAGGAAUUUGUCUGA